UUAUAUCUUUCUGGUUUCUGUGGUUUACUAUCUAUCUCGUGGAUGACGUCAUAGUUGUUGAUGAUGUAGAGAUAAUAUCAGCUAUGAUACUCUGCUAUGAAAUUCUAAAGAUUGGCCUUGCUGCAGUUCUUUCCAAUAGUUUAAAACAAAUCCAGCCUAUAGUGGAUGCAAUAAUAUUGGCAUUGUAAUUUCUGGAGGCAAUGUUGAUCUUGAUGUGCUUUGGAAUUCUGUUAACAAAUGAAAAACUUUGUAUUCAAACUCUCCCCUCAUUGGAACAAACUUCUACACGAUUCAUGUAUUCUCGCAAUUUCUUGUUCUUUGAUUUUUGUUUCACAUUAUUUGUUUUUUUAACUGUUCUUUGGUUGUCAAUGCUCUGUACUGCUUUCCUUCCUAGUUGUUAUUUUCCCGCUACUGUAUUAUUUUUUUUAUAAUGACUGCUUGCUUUGAUGCUCUUGAGCCAAUGGUCUUUCUGAAACAACUUAACUACCUCCACGAGGUAUAGGUAAGGUCUGCAUAUACUCUACCGUCCCAGACCCCACUUGUGGGAUUACACUUGGCAUGGAAGUUUCAUCCAGUGUUGAGUCAAUUUCUGUGAUUUUAGCUACUGAGUAUUGGGGUGUCUUUCUGCUCAGGGACUGUAAGUUCUUUCCACCCAUUAAGGUUCAUUCUUUCCCUCUUAUUUCUCUUUCUAUUUUCAGUGUCUACUAUCCACUAAUACCGGUUCUUGAUUUCAGUGUUUUUUUUUAAUUUGCAGUAAUGGGUGUAAAAACUAUCUGAAGUUGAGUCUGUUUAUUUUUGAGUUGAUUCAGUAAAGUCGAGGAUGUCAAAUGUUUCGGUGACCAGUUUAUCUCGAGAGAGACAUUGAUGCAGUCCCGAGAGGAUACUGCAUACAAGAGCCGAUGGUCUUUCGGAAACAAAUUCGCUACCUCCACGAGGUAUGGGUAAAGUCAUAUACUCUACCCUCCCAGACCCCACUUGUGAGAUUACACUUAUGGAAGUUCCAUCGAAUGUUGAGUCAAUUUCUGUGAUUUAGCUACUGAGUAUUGGGGCAUCUUUCUGCUCAGGUUAUCCCGAGUGAGCCAUUGAUGCAGUCCCGAGAGGAUUCUGCAAACACGGUGUUGCAAGAUACUGGUGCUGUUCUUUUCCUUCCUUUAAUGCUGGGUGCUUGAUAAGCUUUGCAAUUGUUAACUUCCAUAGUAAUUAUUGAUGGAACCGAAUCACACAAAAUCUAGUGACUGUUAUGCUGCUGAUAUCUCCUCCAUCAGGGAAGCUCACGUACGCAUUAAGCCCUUUGCGCAACAAACUCCUGUGCUCACCUCAGACACUUUAGAUUCUAUUGCUGGAAGAAAGCUGUACUUCAAAUGUGAAUGCUUUCAAAAGGGGGGAGCUUUUAAAUUCCGAGGGGCAUGCAAUGCUAUUUUUUCACUUGAUGAUGAUCAGGCCACUAAAGGAGUUGUAACUCAUAGCAGUGGAAAUCAUGCUGCAGCUCUUUCUUUGGCUGCAAAUCUACGGGGCAUCCCCGCAUAUAUAGUUGUACCAAAAGAUGCUCCAAAAUGCAAAGUCGCGAAUGUCAAACGUUACGGUGGUCAUGUUAUCUUCAGUGAGCCAUCGAUGCAGUCCCGGGAAGAUACUGCAAACAAGGUGUUGCAAGAUACUGGUGCUGUGCUUAUUCCUUCCUCUAAUGAUGGGCGCAUUAUAAGUGGGCAGGGUACAAUAUCUCUGGAGUUUCUGGAACAGGCUUCGGAAAUUGACACUUUAAUAGUCCCAAUCAGCGGAGGUGGUAUGAUAUCGGGAGUUGCAUUGGCUGCCAAGGCCAUCAAUCCCGCCAUUCGCAUUUUGGCUGCCGAACCACUGGGGGCAAAUGAUGCUUUCCAAUCAAAGAGCAAUGGUAGGAUUACUAAGUUAUCUGAAGUCAACACUAUUGCUGAUGGCCUUCGAGCUUUUCUUGGCGAUCUCACAUGGCCUAUUGUCCGCGAUCUUGUGGAUGACGUUAUAGUUGUUGAUGAUAAGGAGAUAAUACAAGCUAUGAAACUUUGCUAUGAAAUUCUGAAAAUUGCAGUGGAACCAAGUGGAGCUAUAGGCCUUGCUGCUGUUCUUUCAGAUGGUUUUCGAAAAAAUCCAGUCUAUAGUGAAUGCAACCAUAUUGGAAUUGUUCUUUCCGGAGGAAACGUUGAUCUUGGUGUGCUCUGGAAUUCCUUCGAUAAAUGAGAAACUCUAUUAGUCGCGAGAGGCAGACUCAGAAUUUGAACUAGUAGUUCAAAUCAUUUGAUUUACUGGGUUCGGAAUCAAUAACUUUUGUUCUUCUUUAGUUAAGUAAUAUAUAUAUACAAAGUUCGAUCCAAAGUUACUAGUUUCAGAUGAAUCUGUAACUUUCACUCUAUGUCCAUCCUUGGAAACAGGUGUUAUUCAAUAAUUCAACUUUUCUAUUA